CUCACCUACUCGCAAGUGCUAGUUGGUUGUCUCGGCUUCGUAGUGUUGGCUCGGGUUGCAGACACGUCGACUUUGUUUAUCCUUCGCGCCGUGUAUCUCGAAAUCCGCACAAAGCUUUUCAGGGUCACCGUCAAGCUCAACCAGGAUAACGAGGGCCGCGGCAGCACUUCUGUUUCCAACGCGUCGUCCACUUCCAAAAACGCCAACAUUAAACCCUACAGCAAUUCAUCUCAAGAAGCAAGCAUCUUUGACCCCUUUUUUACCGGGAAAGCAGGGCAAAGAUUCUUCUCAAGGUGAAUAUAAGUAGGGUCUAACGACAAGGCGAAGCCGUCUCAAGCUGCGAGAAAAAGGCACCCUGGUACAAACAAAACUGGCAUUUCUUCUUCUCAGCGUCGUGGUGCCAGUCAGACUACUAAUGACGCGAAAGACGUGGACGCCGAGACAAGCAGCUCUACAGGUGACGUCGCGACCACUACGGCCACUACCGAAACAGAUACGACAGUAGACCACGCCUAUGGUUUGCAUCAGUGGUCGAGCUCCAGCGCUGGUGAUGAAGAGGCUACUAUUAUGCACGGUGAAUAAGAAGUAUUAAUUCUUCCGUAGGUACAGCAACUCUCAAUACCUACUAGGUAGGCUCGAUUGCGUCCUGCAUCAUCACUACCAGCUUUCAGUAAAAUACUAAGCCUUACUUUGUAUCCUUUUCACCAUAGUAGUAGCCCCUUCAUCACCAUAUUGAAGCUCCAGCGCUGGUGAUGAAGGAGCUACUAUUUGGGUGAAGAGGAUGGCAGCCUUUUUCCGUAGGUAUCGCUUUCAAUGGAAAUAGACCUUUUGUAUCUUCCUUGCUACUUGGCAGGUUUUUUAUAUUGAUUCUUGAGGUACUAGAACGUGCGUCAGCGUCUUCUAAUCGAGCACCAUAUAAGUUAAUCACAGCCGCCGCAUUGGAAAAAAAGCAACGAAGAAGUUUUUUACGCACUACUUUGAGACUCCUGCGUCGCAUUUGGACGCAUAUAGAGUAUGCUGACGGCACGGUGGCUUGUAUCUAUCAAUGGCUACUGGAUCAAUGGCGCAGCCUUGUAAGUCGUAGAGGAGGACCCAACUCUCCAGAAAUAUUAAAGUCAAAACAACAAGGGAGCAGAGUGAAACACGCACCACCCACAAUAUCUGAAGAAGACAAUAGCACUGGUGGCACUUCUGAAUUGGACCGGACCGAGACGGAGGCGGAGACGGCUGCCACUCGACGAAGGGGGGAAGCAUUGGCGGUUGAUGACGUGGUGGAAGAACAUCGACUCUUUUGUCUCCGCACUGCUGCGGACUUGCAUCGGCAAGCAAGAGGCAAAGUGGCGCAGAUGAUUUUAGGAACAAAUAUAACGGUUUCAAGUGAUUUCCAAGUGCAGUGGGCCGUAGUGGAGAAGAGUAUAAUGUAAUUGCAAGGUCCACCAGGAUCCUCUAUGUCAGUAUGAUUAUGACAGGGGCCAAAAAUCAAAAUAACAACAAUCGCAUGAAAGGCCUACAAAGGGAGUGCGAUCCUCUGUUCUACGCCACAACAGCAACAACAAGAAAGGCCUUUUUCUGGAACUUUUUAGAUUUAGACUGACGGCAAUUCUCGGCGCCCCUCUAAGGAUUGCAGAACAUAACGAGUCGCAGCAACUCACGUCAGAACAUGUGAUCCAGCAGCUGGAAACCUGUCUUGCCCAAGUUAUGUGAAACAGCAAUGACAUGCAAGUAGCCUCACAUUGAAUUUUUGCGAACGAUUUGCUGAAGAGCAACUAUUGUUGAUGCCACUUUCUCAUCCAUUCAACAUUAACUUUGUCCCAGUUGGAUGUGGAUCAUUCAAUUAAGAGUCUAGUACUUCAUAUUUCCCAUCCGCGAAAAGGGCUUGCAAUCGCGUGCAGGACAUGCGUUUCCAACUGGGGUUUGUAUCAAUGAGGUAGCCGCGCACGACUCUCGGACACCCUGCUUGUCUAGAAAGCAAUACUUGCAACUAAGCGACGUAAUCUCUCUGGAUUUUGGAGUGCACGUGGACGGGUAUUUAGUGGAUUCUGCUUUCUCGUGGACAUGGGUUAUGAGACCUUUUCCUAAUAUUCAUGAGUGCCUAACAGUGGGUUAAAUGAUUUCCGAAAAGUGGACAAGUAGUUGCUGUUCCAUCCAGCUAUUUUUCCGGUAAGUGUUAGAGAAUCCUAUUUGGUAGUAUGGUAUUCUCUUUCUUUAUCCCUCUUUUGAUACAAGCGCUUUGCGAAACCGUUAAGGCAGUGACCUCUUAAGUGUUUCGCGAAACCGCUAAGACCGUGGCCCCUUAAGCGCUUCGCGAAACCGCUAAGGCGAUGGCCCCUUAAGUGUUUCGCGAAACCGUUAAGACCGUGGCCCCUUAAGAGUUUUUCGCGAAACCGCUAAGACCGUGGCCCCUUAAGUGUUUCGCGAAACCGUUAAGGCGGUGGCCCUCUAAGUGCUUUGCCAAACUUUUAAGGCGGUGGCCCUGAAGUGCUUUGCGAAACCGCUAAGGCGGUGGCCCCUUGAGUGUUUCGCGAAACCGCUAAGACUGUGGCCGCUUAAGUGUUUCGCGAAACCGUUAGCGCGGUGGCCCCCUAAGUGUUUCGCGAAACCGCUAAGGCCAUGGCCCCUUGAGUGUUUCGCGAAACCGCUAAGACUGUGGCCGCUUAAGUGUUUCGCGAAACCGUUAGCGCGGUGGCCCCCUAAGUGCUUUGCGAAACCGAUAAGCCCGUGGCCCCUUAAGUGUUUCGCGAAACCGAUAAGCCUGUGGCCCCUUAGAUGUUUCGCGGAACCGUUAGGGCGAUGGGCCCCUUAAGUGUUUCGCGAAACCGAAAAGCCUGUGGCCCCUUAGAUGUUUCGUGAAACCGCUAAGACCGUGGCCCCUUAAGUGUUUCGCGAAACCGAUAUGGCCGUGGCCCCUUAAGUGUUUCGCGGAACCGUUAGGGCGAUGGGCCCCUUAAGUGUUUCGCGAAACCGAUAAGCCUGUGGCCCCUUAGAUGUUUCGUGAAACCGAUAAGACCGCGGUCUCUUAAGUGUUUCGCGAAACCGAUAUGGCCGUGGCCCCUUAAGUGUUUCGCGGAACCGUUAGGGCGAUGGGCCCCUUAAGUGUUUCGCGGAACCGUUAGGGCGAUGGGCCCCUUAAGUGUUUCGCGGAACCGUUAGGGCGAUGGGCCCCUUAAGUGGUGGCUGCGCCACUCGAAGUCACCAUCAGACUCCCCUUACAGAAAGCCUGCUCGUUUCUGUAUUGCUGUUUUCUCUGAUUGUUUUGGUUGACUUUAGUUAGAAUCGUAUCUAACACUCUCUUUCUACCUUGUUUCUUGUUACUUGGUGUUACACCUCCCCACCUCUAUUUCUAACACUCAUCAACCCACGCAUGAACCUCUACUAGAUACUGUGAGAGAAGCAACUUAUACUGGUAUAUGCGAGGCUGGUCCCGACGCGUGGCUUCAGGACGUAAGCUUCGCGAUUCAGGAAGUCAUGGAAAGUUUAUGAUGGUAGUGGAAAAUAGUAGUCAAUAAUCAAUAACAGUUCGCUUGUGGUGAAAAGUUUUCAAUAUUGUGUCAUGGAAAUAAGCUUCUGUUGUUGGUACUAGUGAAAAAUUCGUAGUUUGUUAUUGGCUAGGAGAGUGAACGUAGCUGCCUGUCAUGAAGUGGUCGUUUAUUUCCAAAUUUUCGUCCUCUAAUCUUCGGGGAAGUAGCAUGGGCAACAGGUGAGACGUUUCCGGUGUCAUGCGUGAUGAACCUGAAUGGACACCAAGUCGGACACGGCAGAAUUCAUGCAGGAAAAAUGUUGUCGUCAUUACGAUGACUAGUUUCAUCUCUGGUUACACAGCGGUUGCCUUCGAUGUUUCUCAUACAAGUUUUAUUUUCUGUUGAAGAGCAAGAUAUUGAAAAUAUUGCUCGUUUUUUCGUUGAUGCGGUGGCUCCUUCUAACUUGAUGUUGAAUUCUCCAGUCCAAAUCCGAACUUCUAAUUUCAGUAGUCAAUGGCGCUUCUUCUCGGAUGCGAGAGGGUGAACAAUGGGCAAUAGAAACGUUUGGG